CCUCGUGAUAUUCUGAAGGGAUUGAUUGUGAACACUGAAAAAACCAUUUUCGCAGCUAAUCACGGUUCGCUAAAGAUACUUUGCCGUUGUAACUGUAUGAAUUUCUAAACUGCAGCAAACGGUUUGCUGUCGCAUCCAAUACAAUGGGCACAGUAGCAAAAUAAUUAGCUGUCCAUAUCUUACAACUAAAAUUUCGUUGCCACAUACAGUUGUUAGCUACGGCAGCUACGGUUUUCUCCCCGUGAAGAAGAGUGCAGGAGUAAAAGCUGAAGUAUUGAGGAAGUUCACAGAGAUAUCUUAAUUUGAAGCAAUUAAUUAAUUUGUCCAAGCAAUUUACUAAAGGCGCCGUUCACAUAACUUGACCGAAAUUGCCGCGGGCUUAUUGUACCAAAGAAUGCCUGAAGGAUGUGUUAUUUCUUCGUCCUUGAGAUAUCCCCCGAAAUUGAUUUUCCGGGGCAUAAUAAAAGGCGACAGCACGAAUAAGCACCGAUAGCACCGCGUUCCAGUCGCGUGAUCGACGUCGCCACGCGUCGAAUCGCUACGAAGUCUCAAUCGCGUUAUAGCUUUCGGUGCUCCAAGAACAUUACGUGUGCCUUCAGUGGGGAGAAAAGAAAAUUAUAUUCGUUGAUAUUUCGCACGGUGACGUGACUAAAUACGCGACGCGACGUACGGCAAAAAAGCGUUACUCCAAGAAGAAAUAUCACUUGACAACGACAUGAAGCGAGGAAGAAAUGCAAUAACCUGUUGACUAAAUUAAAAUGAACCGAGGGAAAUACCUGUGCAUUAUGCCGAUUAUAAUCUAAGCAUUAAAUCGUACAUUCAAUUUUGCGACGACUGUGCGUAAGAUGUGCGUAAAAUCUUGCGAGGAUCCGUGAAGUCUCACUGGGAAAGUUGUCGCCGAGAAAUGUCCGGAUUUCAGCAGUAUCCUACAGUCCGGACUUUGUCCACACUUCACAUUCCGGCCGACGCGCGGCGAGAGCGUCUGAACGGCGACGCCGUGAUCGCGGUUGCCGCAGCUCCCGAUUAUCGACCACGGAUGCAGGCCCGCCACGGUCAAGGCGCAGCCGCGGCCCAGGCGCGGUCGCCGCGAUCAAAGCUGUCGGACUUCUUCCACGUCUGGGUCAACAACAUCCGACUGUUCUACUCCUGGGGUAACUUAGACGGCCUGACACCGCAGUUGCCCAGCACGAUGGGCAAUCUGCAGAGCGACGGCAAGAAGAAGCAGAAGAAGAAGGAUGCCCCGCCGGUGCCGACGUCUACGUCCACGUCCACGGACAUCGAGCCCGAGAUAACCGAGGACCAAAGGAAGGAUAAGCGGGACCAGCCGCCCAAAGUCCCGGAAAGGCGUGAUGAGCCCCGCGAGCCGAUUAAGAUCAGCUUCGAGAAGCCGAUCAAGAUCAGCUUCGAGAAGGUGCACACGCCGGGGCAUGUCAAGAGACAGGCACCACCGCCGCCACCGAUGGUGGUGCUACCCAAGGACACGCAGGAAAGUGUAGAGCCUGAAUGUCGCAAGGAUACUGCAAUAACAGUGAAGCCAAGCGUAACAACGGCGGAGUCUUUCCGCUCGAGUACCACGACGUCGACGACGACACCGGCCCAGACCCCGACGAGUCAGCUGCCGCCACUGUUGGUGACCGAUUCGUGGCGUUUGGCGAACAAGGGCCUGGUCGUUACGGAAAUGCCGACGCCGCCCAGCCAGGAAUCCUCGAGUGACAGUGUCUUCACUGAUCCCGGAGAGCUUACUAUGAGUCCGGUCACGGCAGGCACGAGACCGGAAGUGAAACGUAAGCCGAUCCUGGAGACGAUCGACAGCAAGGACGAGAAGCCUUCGUUUACACUCUCGAAGCACAAAAAGAUCCAUCUCUCAGUGAUGAGUCCCCGAAUAAGCGUAACGUCGAGCGAGAAGAAUGCGAUAUCGAGUCCACGUACUCCACAAAGGCGACACAGUGUCUGUGAGUCUUCCACGUGCGAAGGCAGGGUGUUGAGAAGAGUAGCCAGCUUGACCCUGGAUCGGAAUAGCGCCAAGAAGAAAAGAGGUUCCAGGAGUAUCAUCUGCCAGAAGUCAGCUCACCACAGGCAAUCCGAAGACCGAGAACUGCCAAUCUCUUUGACCUCUGCGCUAUCGGACAAAGGCGCGAAGAGAAAUUUUACGUCCCUGACAGAUCGGACAGGCACAGAUGACCUUCGUUCAGCUCGAACUAAAUCGAGCCAAAUCUGCAGCGAACACUCCAUGCUUAAAGAUACUUAUCCGUACGAGGAAGAAGUGAAGAGGCUGAAAGAGGAGAUCAAACGGCUGCGCGAGACUUCCGUGGAACGGCAGAUAAGCACUAAGGGCCAGUCUACUCAGACAUCACCGAGAAGCUUAUCGCUGGUUGACGGCGAUGCCAGUGAAACGAGCAACGUAGAUGCUGGUAGCGUUAGAUCAUCAACAAUCAGAAGUAACGUCGCAGAUCUCGAUCAAGGAAAGAUGACUCUCGUGCUCUCCCCCACGUUGAUCGACAAGGUCGAUCGGUCGUGUUUAUCGCAUAGCAGUCAAACAAACGCGCCUAGUGAAGAUUUGGCGGCGUAUCCGUCAUCGUUGCCACCUCCAUUAUCGUCGGAAACAUUCUCGAAAAACCGAUCUACACCUACCUCGAUUCCGACGAUGUCUUUUGUCUCACCACCUCCGCCGCCGCCGUCCCCGUUCACCCUCGCUACCGAACUGGUGCGUGACGGCGAAAGGACAGUUCCAUCAUCGUCGACAAAAUUAACGGACGUUUGUAGGAUACCGACACCACCGCCGCCACCUCCCCCCAUGUCAGCGCAAAGUACAUUUUCGUCCCCUCCGCCUGCUCCGUCUCCACCACCACCCACGCCAAGUACCACGCAUACGAUACCUAUUCCUCCACCUCCGCCUGUGCAAGCCAUCAUAAGUGCGAUACCUCCGCCAUCUCCUCUGCAAAACAUGAUACCUCCGCCGCCACCCCCGCCGCCAUCCGCGCCCCCGUUCUCGGUCAAACCGCUGAGUAUUGAGAGUGGCAUGGCGGGACCUCCACUGCCACCACCACCACCACCUAUGCCUCUUCAAAGUGCGACGUAUGAGAUGUCUUCGUCUACGAAAUUAUAUAAUAAUACCGUACCUCCCCCGCCACCACCGCCGUCUACGCCGAUGUUAAACACAUACGGAAUACCACCGCCGCCUCCUCCACCACCGUCAUUCUUGACGAGUGCGAUGCCUCCUCCGCCGCCUCCGUUACCUGGAACGCAGGGUCCUAUGACUGGUGCACCACCGCCGCCACCGCCACCAGGUAUGCAGGGUGGCAUACCUCCACCACCUCCGCCUCCCGUCGGAGGCUCAGGCGCGGGUCCUCCACCACCGCCACCCCCGGGGACAACGGGACCUUGUCCUCUACCCGCGCCACCGGUCGGAGGAUGGAACCCGCCCAGCAGAGCCAUUAUGAGAAAGCAAGCUUUGAAUCCUGACGUGCCUAUGAAGCCACUGUACUGGACGAGGAUUUUGGUGCCAGUUACUGCGACCAGUCAAACUUCGGUAGAUACCUCAGACGUGUCACCCCAGACGCCUCUGUGGUUGGAACUUGCGGAGGAGGAGGAUAUAAACAUGAAAGAGUUUGCUGAUUUAUUUUCGCGGCAGGUGAGAGAAAGAACUCCGGCCAAGAAGAAUGAAGGGAUGCCCAAAGGUUCUAAGAUCCAACCUGCGAAGAUAUUAGACUCGAAGCGUUCGAAGAUGGUGGGAAUUCUUGAAAAGAGUCUGCACAUUGAUUUUAGCGAGAUCGAGAAUGCAGCCUACAAUUUGGAUACGAGCGUGAUCAGUCUAGAAGCGUUGCAACAGAUCUACGAUAUCAAACCGACGCAAAAGGAAAUCGAAGAAAUUGCAGCUCACGAAGCAACUUAUCCGGACAUUCCUCUCGAUCAACCGGAAUUAUUCCUCAAACGAUUGUCCGGGAUAAAACACUUCUCCGAUAGAGUAACCUGUUUGAUGUUGCAAUCGGAAUUUCAAGACGCGAUAUCGUCGGUUUCAUAUAAAUUGAACAAUGUGCGAACUACGUGCGACUUCCUGCUUAAUUCCGAAUCUUUGAAGAAAGUAAUAGCUAUCAUACUGACCUUGGGCAAUUACAUGAACGGCGGAAAUAUGAUGCGCGGCCAGGCCGACGGGUUCGGUCUGGAGAUCCUCGGCAAAUUGAAAGACGUAAAAUCGAAUGUACCUGGUAUAACCUUGUUACACUAUGUUGUUAACGCGAAAUUGUCUCAAGAAAAGGAACAUAACUUCGAGGAGCUGUUGCCUUUACCUGUGCCUGAACCGGCUGACGUGGAAGCCGCAUCCUCAAUCAAGUUCGACGACAUUGCCAAGGAGCUGGAUAGACUGGAUAGAGAAUUGCAGGCAUGUACGCAAAUGUGUAAUACAAUCGUGGAAGAGGAUCCAUCUACAUCCAAAAUAUUCAAGAAGAAAGUAAACUCAUUUGUGACGAGGGCGAGUACCGAGUUGGCGAGCGAAAAGGAAGAGCUACUGGAGGCUAAAAAUAAAUUCAAAGCUGUGAUGAAAUUCUAUCAGUUUAUUCCUAAAGGAUCCACUCUGGAGACUGCAGAACCUUAUGACUUCUUCAAUCUAUGGCUUGGUUUCUGUCGGGACUUUAAGGAUAUCUGGAAGAGGGAACAGCAGCGAAUACGAAAGGAACAAAUGGAAAAAGUUCGUAAAAAAUUCGAGAACAAAUCUGAUGUUGUAAGAGUAAAAUUAAAUCCGCAUGGAUUGAAAGCGAAACUACAAAAACUCACGCAUAAAAAACAGACUCAAAGAUAGUCCUAUCGAAAUGUCCAUAAAUUGAUAACGAUUAAGGAUAUAGGCCGGUUUUGCGUUUUACAUUUAUACGUAUUAUACGUAUUACAUUUAUACGUAUUCAAUAUUUUCUAAAUUGUGAAUUGCAUAAAUAAUUCCCCUUAAUACUCUGGCUUCCAAAGGGAAUUUUAUUGUAUAUUAAUUUCUAACUCAUACAUAUUCGUUAUUUUUCGACUUGAAUCGAAAAUGAUAUCACGAAGUACGAAUGUUGUAUAGUUUCAAGGCGGAAAUUGCUGCAUUCGUUAUACAGACGCUCUGAAAAAUCUGUAUCUGCUCUAGUUAAGAAACUUUAUUACUCACUUUGCAUUUAAAAUCGUAUAACACGAAAAAAUGCUUUUCAGAUAGAAAUUUCGAAUUGCUCAAAAAUAACGGGAUUUUUUAAAUUUAAAUUCUAAUUAAUUAUAUAGAAAUGUUGAGAACGCUCGAAAUUCGCGCAACGAAAUGCGAUCGAUUUUGAUCCAAGUAUAAAAUGGAUUGCCGAUCUCGAUACGUCCUUAAGCAACCAAUUGAUAAGAUUCUAUACUAUACAAUUAGAAUUGUUACAGACUGAAACGUUAACAGUGUACUAAAGCGGCAAUGUAUACUUAAGUAGAUACGUUCGUGAAAUUGAUUAAUCAUUAAUACGUCUUUAAAAAAUAUAUUGUAAAACAUAUAUUAAAAGAAAUAUGUAUAGACCGGCGACAGUUUUACGGGUAUUACUUAUGAAGACAUUUCAAUCUCUGUAUUACUCUGAACGAUUCAGCAAGCGCUAUGUUAUCGGAGAAUAAUGUUCAGUAAAAAAAAGGCUAUAAACAAGGUCUAUCCUUUUUAGCUGCACCUUCUUACAUUGUUUGCAUUUGACAUAAAAUAAACGACGCAAAGCUUUAAAGAAAGUUGUGGGAAGCUGCUGAAACAGAAACUAAAAAGGAUAUACCUAUAUUACAAACAUCCAUGAUGAUUCUAGAAAGAAGGAACUCGUACUUCUUUAUAACAUGUAUUUAUUUCGUCAAGUUUUGUUACCCUACUUUAUUUUCGAUAAAAAAUAUCGAUUGUGAUAAUUGCUGUUAAUUUUCGUGAACUAUUUAUUGAUUUAUUUAUUCGUUUGUGUUAAUUUAUGCUAGAUUAUCAUGGAUUAAUACCAGUGUACAUACAAAGAAUAUUAAUUAUACGAAUUAUCGAAGUUGAUUAAUAAAAAUUCUUUAUAAAAAAUA